CUCCCUAGAUUCUCCGUUUCCUGACCCUGAUCCUGAUCUUGUGUACCGUGUAGGUUGGCUCCUCCUCUUGCUGCUCGAUCAGCCAUUCUGGAGACGAGUCGAAUCGUUUUUAGGUUUCUGGCUUUCCGUUUAGUUGGCGAGGCGGUUUAGUGGUGAACCAGUUUACUGGCUUCCGACAGUUUGAUAGCGUACUAUUCCUAGAGUCCUGUCAUCCGUUUGUCUCACUGGGCGUAACGGCUCUUCGUCAUCCUCGAUCAUUUUUUCGGCUUAUAAGUAGGGAAGAAGACUACUCUAGAAACCGUGCUCCCUUGCCAGGCAUACGGCGAAGUAUCGUAGAUUCUCGUGGAGCUCGUUCAAGGACAAGUACCUCAGAAAUACUUCGAGCGUCACCAUCACAGCAGACGUCCAAGCGCCUCACAGCAGGUCCGGCCAUGCCUCUCCGUCGUCCCGCCUUGGAUUGCAGCACGGCGCCUCUUGCGAUGCUCUUCAUCACCUGUGCGCUCCUGUUAGUGAGCGCGGCAGUGCCAGCGGCAGCUGCGGUGUUCAAGGUGACGACGUACAGGGAGCUGGUGGUGGCGAUGCAGGCGGGCGGGCCGAUCGUGGUGUCGCACUCGUUCUACCUCGACGGGCCGCUGCCCAACGUCUCCCGUCCGCUCACCAUCUCCGCCGACCCCGCCUGCAGGAAAACCGAGCUCAAGUUCUGCCGGCUAGAUGGCAAGCGCCGCCACCGUCACUUCAUGGUCGUCAAGGGCGGCGUGCUCCGUCUCACCGGCCUGCUGCUCUCCCGCGGCCGCCCGCAGACCGGCAGUGGCGGCUCCAUCUGGAUCCUAGACGGCGGCAGAGCGAUCCUCAAUCAGGUCUACUUCCGCUUCAACGGCAUCGGCGGCACGACUGCGUCCGGCGGCGCGAUCGAGGUCAACUCGGGCGGGAGCCUCCACGCGACCGCGUGCCACUUCAUCCGCAACUUCGCUGGGUUUGGCGGCGCGAUUUCCGGCGCGCUGCGCGCGGGGGUGGUUGCAAACUAUUGUAUUUUCCACCGCAACCAGGCGUCGACGGCGGGAGGCGCGGUGUCGCUGAUUAUGGGGUCGGUGGGAGUGUUCCGACGACCCAAGUUCUUCGCCAACCUGGCCGGGGCGGGAAGUGCGAUGCAGACGGAUGCGUCCAAGCUUGCGCUCUGCAGUGUGCUUUGGUACAACAAUAAUGCCACGCUCCCUGGCACUGCGUUUCUGGUUACGCAGAAGAGUCGGGUGACGCUGUGUCGCACAAGCCCUAGGAUCAUCUCAGCCACAACCGGUUCUACAGUCACACAGUCAUGCGCCUUCUGCCCUUCGCAAAGAAAAUAGGGUUGCGGUCGAAUUGAAACACAAGGGACCAGAGAAGCAGGCAUGAGGGUUGCAGGAGCAGAGGGAUAUUAGUGAGAAGGAACAACUGCUGUGCUGAUGAGAAGUAGUUUAGGUCUGAAGGGUUGACAAAAGGCUUGAUGCUAUCAGAUUUUUAAGGUUUGGCUGGUAAUGUUGCAGCUGGUGAGCACUAGUUGUUGGUGAGGAAUGUGCUAUCCACUGUGUGGUAGGUUGUGUAUCUUGCUUUGACCAUUUUGUAGGGGUGCUAAUCUGAGUGCGUGGUGUCGAAGGUUUUUAUGUUGCUACUAGAGGUGAGAUGAGGUAUUGAAUGGUAGGGCUAACGUGUUUGGGAGUUAUAGAGGAUGUGGCGCUACACUUACAUGGGAAUUACGCGGCUAUGUAUAUCUAGGUUAUUGUUACAAUUGUUCAAUGUGCUAUAUG